CGUCAUUUGGGUUAUGAUCACAAGGCCUAUGAAUGAGUGUUUGAGAAGGGGCUUGAACCCUCAAGUGUAGCCAUGUGUACUCUGUGUCUGCUGUGUGUGUGCUUACACGAGGCCCGGUCAUGCGCUCAGCAGCUAUUUAAGCCAAGAAAUAAGAAUGAGCCGACUCUUGGGGGGCUACAGUUCUGCAGACAGAGAGGAGCAGCAUGCACAGUCAGAGCAUGUGGAGAUUGGGUCUCCUGCUGGUGACCCUGUGUGCCACCCAAACGCUGGCCCAGUUCCCCCGGGAGUGUGUGAGCCCCGAGGGGCUGCUGAGCGGCCAGUGCUGCCCGUCUCUUUCGGGGGCGGCGGGGGACGAGUGUGGCUCCAGCACGGGGAGGGGCCAGUGCGUGGCCAUCGCUGCAGACAACCGGCGCCACGGUCCCCAGUACCCUUAUGCUGGACGUGACGACAGAGAGAGGUGGCCGCUGAGAUUCUUCAACCGCAGCUGCCAGUGUAAUGGGAAUUUCACUGGCUACAACUGCGGCCGCUGUCGACACGGGCUGACUGGACCGAACUGUGAUCAGAGGAUCUCUGUGGUAAGGAGGAACAUCAUGCAGAUGAGCACAGCUGAGAAGCAGGCGUUUGUGAGUGCUUUGGACCAGGCGAAGAGGACCGUCCACCCCGACUUGGUCAUCUGCACAAGACGGUACCAGGAGGUGCUCGGGCCCGACGGCAACACCCCGCAGUUUGAGAACAUCACCAUUUACAACUACUUUGUUUGGAGCCACUACUACUCGGUCAGUAAAACCUUCCUCGGGCCGAGCCAGGCCAGCUUUGGCGGCGUCGACUUCUCCCACGAGGGCCCCGGCUUCGUCACUUGGCACCGAUUUCAUCUGCUGCAGCUGGAGAGAGACAUGCAGGACAUGCUGGGCGACCCCACCUUUGCCCUGCCUUACUGGAACUUUGCCAUCGGAGGCAGCGAUUGCGACAUCUGCACCGACGACCUGCUGGGAGCCAGGAGCUCUUUCGACAUGAGCUCCCUCAGCCCCAACUCCGUGUUCUCCCAGUGGAGGGUCAUCUGCGAGAGCGUGGACGACUACGACACGAUGGGCACCGUCUGCAACAGCACAGAGACCAGCCCCAUCAGGAGGAACCCGGCGGGCAACGUGGCUCGGCCCAUGGUGCAGAGGCUGCCAGAGCCCCAGGAUGUGUUGGACUGUCUGGAGCUCAACACCUUCGACACCCCACCUUACUACUCCACCUCCUCCGAGAGCUUCAGGAACACGAUUGAAGGCUACAGCGCCCCCCAGGGGAUGUACGACCCGGUGGUCCGCAGCCUCCACAACUUAGCUCACCUCUUCCUCAACGGGACGGGCGGACAGACUCACCUUUCGCCCAACGAUCCCAUCUUCGUCCUGCUGCACACGUUCACCGACGCCAUCUUCGACGAGUGGCUCAGCAGGCACCAAGCGGGUGAACUAGUUUACCCAGAGGAGAACGCUCCGAUUGGGCACAACCGCAGAGCCAACAUGGUUCCCUUCUGGCCUCCUGUCACCAACGCUGAGAUGUUUCUCCCUGCCCCAGACAAUCUGGGAUACUCUUAUGAGGUCCAGUGGCCAACUCCUGCCUACACCCUGUCUGAGAUCAUCACCAUCGCCAUCGUUGCGGCGGUGCUGGUGGUGGCGGUGGUGGGAGGCGUCAUUGCCUGCGCCGUGCGUGCCCGCUCCUACCGCUCAGCCGAGGCCCUGGAGCCGCUGCUGGGGGAGACCUUCCGACGUUACUCAGAGGAUGACCGAAGGCUGGACAAAUCACAGUCUGUUGUCUAAACCCACACGCCUUUCCAGAGAGGCCUUAACAUUUUAAUGCAGCUGUUCUGUGUUCUUUUUUUCUUUUUCUUUUUUUUUUUUAUUCCCUAACUUCUUCUAAUAAAGUUGAACUGGUUUUGA